AUGGCAAAAAUUAAUGUUGGAAUCAAAUUUCGUCCAAACUUAUCAAGUGAAGUUGAGAAGCAGGAGAAGUGGAUUGUUGAUGGAAAAACGAUCAAGUCUGUUGACAACAAGCAUACAUUGCAAUUUGAACACGUCUUUGGAUCCACGGCUGUUACUGAAGAGGUUUACGACGCCUUAGCAAAACCAAUCGUCAAGAAAGCGUUCAAAGGAUAUAAUGGAACCAUUUUCGCUUAUGGGCAAACUUCAAGCGGAAAAACUCACACCAUGAUUGGAAAGAAUAAAAUGCCUGGAAUCAUCCCAUUGGCAGUUCGUGACAUCUUUCAUGAAAUCAACGAAACUAAGGAUCGAGAAUUCGUCGUGAAAAUCGGCUACAUUGAGAUUUAUAACGACAAAGUUUAUGAUCUCUUUGAAGACGGUAAAACGGAACUUUCCAUCUUCGAAUCCAAUGGACACGUCUUGGUAAAUCAGAAGGAGUACGUGGCUGUAUCAGAAAAGGAAGUCAUGAAACAAUUUGCUGUCGGAAACAAAUGCAAAAAAAUGACUGGGACGAAAACCAACAAAGACUCGAAUCGAUCGCAUACAAUUUUCCAAAUAACGAUCAAAUCUCAAAACAAGAAGGCGAAAGAUUCACGUACUUCGAAUCUAUUCUUAGUGGACUUGGCUGGUAGUGAAAAACCAGAUGCGUCAGCAACAACAACAUUCAACGAAGGCCUGCACAUCAACCAAAGUCUUCUUGUUCUUGGAAAAAUCAUCAGAGAACUAGCGAAGAAAAAUUCGAGUUUAAAGCGCAAAGCAUUCAAAGGAUUUAAUGGAACCAUUUUCGCUUAUGGUCAGACUUCAAGCGGAAAAACUCACACCAUGAUUGGAAAGAAUAAAAUGCCUGGAAUCAUCCCAUUGGCAGUUCGUGACAUUUUUAAUGAAAUCAACAAAACUGAGGAUCGAGAAUUCGUCGUGAAAAUCGGCUACAUUGAGAUUUAUAACGACAAAGUUUAUGAUCUCUUUGAAGACGGUAAAACGGAACUUUCCAUCUUUGAAUCCAAUGGACACGUCUUGGUGAAUCAAAAAGAGUACGUGGCUGUAUCAGAAAAGGAAGUCAUGAAACAAUUUGGUGUUGGAAACAAAUGCAAAAAAAUGACUGGGACGAAAACCAACAAAGACUCGAGUCGAUCGCAUGCAAUUUUCCGAAUAACGAUCACAUCUCAAAACAAGAAGAAGGCGAAAGAUUCACGCACUUCGAAUCUAUUCUUAGUGGACUUGGCUGGGAGUGAAAAACCAGAUGCGUCAGCAACAACAACAUUCAACGAAGGCCUGCACAUCAACCAAAGUCUUCUUGUUCUUGGAAAAAUCAUCAGAGAGCUAGCGAAGAAAAAUUUGAGUUUGAAGCGCGUCAACUUUCGAGAAUGCAAACUGACGAGAAUUCUCUCACCAGCACUGGGUGGGAACUCUUAUGCUUCGGUGAUUUGUACUGCGGCUCCAACGGUUCUUGAUGAAACUUAUCACACACUUUGCUUCGCGCAAAAUGCAGAAAAGGUAAAAACAGUUCCGAAGUUCAAUCUUGUCAGCAGGACGAAAUUUUUCUUCCAAGCUUGCCAAAUGACAGUUUCUAGUUCUUCAUCUUCAUCAUCUGAAACAAAUGUAGCAGUCGAUUUGAAUUUAGAAAGACAACUACCACUCAGUCCAAUAGCAGUACCGGAGAGUUCAUCAGGCAUCCCAAAGAAAAUAAAAUCAAAAAUGUAUCAGAAAACAUCAACAAAGAUGUUGGCAGUAAAUAGUACACCGACAGUAAAAGCAAGUAGAAAAGUUACAAUCAAAGAUGAAGAAACUUUAAUAGAACAUCGUGAUGGGAUGAAAAAUCGUGUGGAGCCGUUAGGAUUGUCUGGAAAAAAGAGCGUCAAAGAACCAGCAGACUCUCAAGGAGUCAUUCAAGAAGGGAAGGACAAGAUCAUCAAGAAAUUGCAAGAAGAAGUACGCAAACUUAAAGCUGAAAAUGUUGAGAUGCGAGCUGAAAUCGAAGGCAACAACGAGAUUGUUAACGAAAAACAACAAGAAAUUGAAGAGUGUAGAAAUAAAGUCGUCGAGUUGGAAGAUGACAUCAAAGUUUACGCUCUUGCUAUUCGUGACUUGGAACUCGCUAUUCGUGAAAAGGAGAGUCGAAUGAUGAAAGUGGGCGAAGAGAAAAAUGAAAUGAGAUCAAAUUUCAAUGAAAAAUUUGAUGAGUUCAAAAAAAUUCUUGAGGUGAAGGACAACGAGAUCGUUGCACUGAAGGAAAAGGCAAAAACAAAAAAUGUCUCAACGGAGGCUAAGAAAAACGAACAUCUGGACAACUUCUUGAAAACUGAGCAAAGCUUCAAUCUCAAAUAUGAGUCAGCACAAAAGCAGUUAAGGAUUACGCUGAGUCAAUUAAAUGAUAAAAUUGCUAUAAUUAAAGAAAGAGACGACGAAAUUGAAUUGAUUCGAAACAAGUUGAAUGAAUUUGGAAAUAAGGAAGCAGAUAAAGACACGCUUACUGUUGACAUCGUAAACAAGGACAAUGAAGGUUCAUCAGGUUCAGAAGGUUCUACCAAAAAUAAGGAGACCGAAGAUUCUGCCGGUUCUCAAGGAUCAUCCGAAAACAAAUCAUCGGAAUCAGAAGCAGAGUCCCAAAAAACCUGA